UCAAAACGGCACCGAAGCCGUUUCAUUUCGUCUCAGCUACCUUCUUCCGCUUCUCUCCUGCUCUCGAUCACCGUCGUCGUCACCGUUGCUCUUCAAUUUCCGACGAAAUGGAGCUGAAACCAGGUCUCUCUGCUUUCGUCACCGGCGGAGCCUCCGGAAUCGGGAGAGCUCUUUGCUUAGCUCUGGGAGCUAAGGGAGUGUUUGUGACAGUGGUUGAUUUCUCUGAAGAAAGAGGCAAGGAAGUUGCAUCACUUGUACAGAUAGAGUGUGCCAAAUUUCAUAGCAAUUUGAAGUUUCCUGCUGCUGUUUUUAGAAAAUGCGACGUGACGAAUUCAGGAGAUUUAACUGCUGCGUUUGAUGAGCAUGUAGCGACAUAUGGAGGUUUGGAUAUCUGUAUUAACAGCGCAGGCAUUGGUACUCCCGUUCUCUUCACCAAAGAUCAAAGCACUUGGAGACGAACCCUGGACGUGGAUCUGAUUGCUGUUAUUGAUUCCACUCGCCUUGCGAUUAAGACGAUGCAAGCUAUGCAAAAGCCCGGUGUUAUUAUCAAUAUGGGGUCUGCCUCGGGUCUCUACCCAAUGGUCAAAGAUCCAAUUUACUCUGGUUCAAAAGGUGGUGUUGUCCUAUUUACUCGAUCCCUUGUUCCCUUCAAACGUCAAGGGAUUCGUAUCAAUGUGCUUUGUCCAGAAUUUGUGGAAACUGACAUGGGCCAACAAAUCGAUUCGAAGUUUAUUGAUUUGAUGGGGGGCUUUGUCCCUAUGGAAAUGGUGGUGAAAGGUGCCUUUGAGCUGAUAACUGAUGAGAGUAAAGCUGGUUCAUGCUUAUGGAUUACAUUACGGAGAGGUAUGGAAUAUUGGCCAACACCCACAGAAGAAGAAAAAUACAUGAUUAGGCCUUCAAGCUCGAGGAAAAGAAGUACAGCAAAAGCCCCAUUCCAAACUCCUUUGAAUCUUCAGCUCCCACAAAGCUAUGAAAAAUUAGUUGUUCACACUUUGACUCACAACUUUCGUAAUGCUACCUGUAUUGUUCGUGCACCAUUGAGUUUACCUAUUAAACCACAUCAUGUUCUGGUGAAAAUCAUUUAUGCUGGUGUUAACGCAAGUGAUGUGAAUUUCAGCUCAGGUCGCUAUUUCUCUGGACCCGACAGACCCCAGCUUCCACUUGAUGCUGGUUUUGAGGCCGUUGGAAUAAUUGCAGCACUAGGGGACUUUGUCACUAACUUGGAAAUCGGUUCUCCUGCUGCAAUCAUGACUUUUGGAAGUUAUGCCGAAUUUAUGAUGGUGCCUUCAAAACACAUUCUUCCUGUGGAACGACCAGAUUCAGAAGUUGUUGCUAUGCUUACUUCAGGACUAACAGCAUCAAUCGCUCUAGAAAAGGCUGGUGGAAAAAUGGAAUCUGGAAAAGUAGUUCUUGUUACUGCUGCUGCUGGAGGGACUGGGCAAUUUGCAGUCCAGCUUGCAAAGCUAGCUGGGAAUAAAGUGGUUGCAACUUGUGGAGGUGCAGACAAGGCAAAACUUUUGAAAGAAUUGGGGGUCGACCGAGUCAUAGAUUAUAAAUCUGAAGACAUAGAAACUGUUUUAAAGAAAGAGUUUCCAAAAGGUAUCGAUAUUAUUUACGAGUCUGUUGGUGGUCAAAUGCUCAACUUGUGCUUGAAUGCACUGGCAGUUUAUGGACGACUCAUUGUAAUUGGAAUGAUUUCUCAGUAUCAAGGAGAGCAUGGGUGGAAGCCGUCAAACUACCCUGGAAUUUGCGAGAAGCUUUUAGCUAAAAGCCAAACUGUGGCGGGAUUCUUCUUGGUACAAUAUAGUCACUUCUGGCAAGAACACCUGGAUAAACUCUUUCAUCUUUUCUCUGCAGGGAAAUUGAAGGUUUCCUUAGACCCAAAACAAUUUCUUGGUGUCCAUUCUGUUCCGGAUGCUGUCGAGUAUCUUCACUCCGGUAAAAGUGUAGGGAAGGUUGUUGUUUGCAUGGAUCCAUCCUACAGGCAAAAAACAUCGAGAUUAUGAUACACUUGAACAAUGAAUCUAUAUGCCACAAGGAACAAUGUAUACUUGCCUAUGUCCAAUAAGAUGAACUCAAAGCCUGAACGGUGAAGGUUUAGCAUGCAGUUCGGCCAAAUACAAAUAGCAUGGAUAUGGUUUGAUGAACGAGCGCUAAGCAUGUCACACGAACAAUACCAAUUGUAUUUUAGUUGGAAACCCCUUUUGUAUAACGUUGAGGAGUCAAAGUCAGUCAAGUUGGGACAGCUCACAGUUCAUAUAUAUAUAUAUAUAUAUAUAUAUAUAUAUGAGGCUUUUCAAGUGGGGAGGUCCGUACCUUAACUUAAGGUACGGAUUUCAUUUUUGCCAACUUUCUGAUCGAGUUUUCACAUCUCCACUGUCUAGUCCUUAGGUAAUAACGUAUAGAUUUCUUUUACAAAUUUUCAGCCAAUUUGGUAAUCGUUAAGUCACUUAAAACUGCGUUUUUGUAUUACACAUGAAUGGUUCAAAUUCGGCAGAUUUAAUC